CUGAGCAAAGAAAGAUUUUCGAAGGUGUAUUUUGUUUUGCGAAAUCUUAUCGCGAAACAUUAUAUCCACCAUAAUGAAACGUAGAGUGCAGGCUACAGAAAACUCUUUAGCAGUUAAUAAUUUAUCUAAAAAGAAAGCUGUAUUUGAAAAUGGAGAAGAAAAUAAUUCCAAAACAACAAAUUACAAAGACAGUCUGUACCGACCACCCACUAGCGAGGAAAUCACUGCCCUCAAGGAAACUGAAAAUCUUUUCAAGUCCAGUCUCUUCCGUAUGCAGAUAACUGAACUUCUUGCUGAAGUGCAACCAAAGAAAGAGAGGAAUAAAGCUCUUGAUGAAGUCCUACAUGAACUGAAUACUCUUUUACUGUCAUUACCUGAUGAAGAGACAAUACACGAGAUUGAAGAUCACUCAUGGCUUCCCAAAGAAGUCAAAUUUCCUCUUCCACCCAGUCUUUCACCUGUGAAAGGAAAGUUCUGCUUUAGAAGACCAGUGAGUGUGAAAGUUGUGGGGAGUUACCUUCUUGGUACAGUAACAAAACCAAACUUGAAUGUGGAUGUAGCUGUUGAAAUGCCAAAGGAGUGCUUUCAACAUAAGGACCACCUAAAUCUCCGAUAUCAACACAAGCGAGCUUUUUACCUGUCCAUCAUUGCAUCACAUUUAACGAACACCUCUCUAUUUGAGAGUGUCCAGUUCAGUUAUAUGAGUGGAGAGGUAUUAAGGCCAAUCCUUGUGCUUAAACCAGAAGGCAAAGCUGGCAAACAGUUUGUCAUCAGAUUGCAUCCCUCUUUAUCAGAAGGCACUUUCAAACCUCAGAGGCUUUCUCCAAUCAGGAACAAUGUUAAACGGCGUUGGUUCACAGGAGAGGAGGGUAUGGCUGAUGACAUGGAUGACACAGGGCUGCCAACCCCUCAUUACAACGCAUCAGUAUUGUCAGACAUGUUCCUGGAACAUCACCUUCACCACUUGUACAAAUGCAUCACGGAUUUUCCAGGAAUGAAAGAUGCUGUGGCUCUCAUCAAAGUUUGGUUGCAUCAGCGGGAACUUGAUAAGGGCCAGGGUUGCUGCAGCGGAUUUUUAGUGUCUAUGUUCAUCUCUCAUUUACUACUUAUCAAGAAAAUCAACAAGCAGAUGAGUUCAUAUCAGAUCCUUAGAGUUUUCCUACAGUUCCUUGUGUCAAAUGAUUUGACAAAAGAAGGAAUAACAAUGACCAGGGAAGACAGUGAUGACAGUAAUGUGCCAUCAAAGGCAGAUUUUCAUGCAGGGUUUGAUGUGGUGUUUGUGGACCCAUCUGGUUACCUAAACCUUUGUGCAGGAAUGACUAGGGCACAGUACAAUAGAUUACAGUCUGAAGCCAGGUUAUCUUUGGAAUAUUUGGAUAACAGUUUUAUGGAUGGCUUUGAAGUUCUUUUUAUGAAGUCUGUGCCAUUUAUUCAAACAUUUGAUCAAUAUCUGCAAAUUCCAAAUAUUAGUUCUUUGGAGGUGGUUUGUAAGAAGGAUGACCUUCUUGGUCACCUUAUCGACCAUCCUGGAGAUUGGACUCCAGUUGUUACUGAUUGGCUACUUCAUCUUGUUGAUAAGGGUCUGGGAAAGAGAGUAGACAUGCUGUGCUUUGAGCCACAGGCACCUUGUCAGUGGCCAGUUGGCAAGACUCCACCCGACAGAGGUCAGAAGGCUUUGACUCUGGGUUUGCUGUUGAACUCUGAUCAUUCUGAUGUCGUACUUGACACGGGACCCCCAGCCGACAGCGCAGAGGCGACAUCUUUUCGAUCAUUUUGGGGCGAGAAGUCUGAGUUGCGUCGAUUUAAAGAUGGAUCCAUCCUGGAGGCGGUGUUAUGGCCGUGCAACAGUUUAGCAGAAAAACGAACUAUAUGUGAAAAAAUUAUCAAACACCUUAUUCAAAGGCACGGAGAUGUCGACACUUCGUCGUUCACGUACGUUGCGAGUCAGUUGGACUGCGUACUGCAGACUCGUGCUGAAUCUGCUAACAGUGGAACAGGCGAGGAGGAUGCAGAGAGAGUGAAUCAAGUUUAUAACACCUUGUGUAAACAGAUCCGAGCGUUGGAGCUGCCACUUAGUGUGAGCUCGUUGCAGGGAAUAAGCCCGGUGUUUAGGGGAGCAGAGGUUUUUCCACCAAGAGCUUGCUUUAAAAAUAGCAAAGUCAAACCGCAACCUGGCAAGGAAAACCUGGCAGACAAUGUUUCACUGCCGUCUGAACUAAAGAACACCUCUUGGUGUCCAGCUAUGGAAGUUGUCUUGCAGUUUGAAACGAGUGGAAAAUGGCCGGAUGACUUGACCGCCAUUCAACACAUCAAAGCGGCAUUCCACAUAAGACUUGCCGAGUUACUGAAGAGCAAAUGUUCACUCGUUACUGCCGCUUCACGUCAUCAUUUAGACGUACUGAAGGAUGGUUUUGUGUUCAGAGUAAAGAUCAUGCACUACCGUGAAAUGGUGUUGCUCCAAAAAAGCGAUAUCUCUCAGGAGUCAAAAACAGAUCACGAGAAGAAAGCUAAAGAACUAGAACGUGAAUUAACACAUCUACCAUUAUUGACAAGUACUCUUCAUGGGAUACAACAGCAGUUUAGUGGAUAUAGUGGAACUGUACGUUUGGCAAAACGCUGGAUGUCGGCUCAACUGUUGUGUGAUCAUAUGACUGAAGAGUGUAUCGAGCUAUUGGUUGCCUCUCUGUUCCUCUCCCCAGCCCCCUUCGCUCCUCCCAGAUCUCCCUUCAUUGGAUUUCUUCGAUUUCUUCAUCUGCUGUCUUCGACCGAUUGGCAAACAACGCCGAUAGUUCUAAAUUUCAAUAAUGACAUUUCUGCUGAAGAAUACCAGGAAAUAACUUCCAAGUUUUCAAAUAACAGAGCGCGGCUUCCAGCGAUAUUUAUUUCUACUCCUAGAGACAAAUUUACUUCUUUGUGGACAAAGGACAAACCCUCCAAACAGAUUGUUAAUAGACUUUCCUUGCUGGCGAGAGAGUCGCACUCAGUCUUGGAACAUCAAAUUAAAACGUGUGCUCUUCAAACAACAGAUUUCAAGUUAAUCUUCCGUCCGCCAUUGGAUCAUUAUGACGUCAUCAUCCAUCUUCACCAUCGUCUCCUCCCUCGAAGAACCCAGGCCUUGGAUCGUGUGAAACAUUCAACAGAGGACACCUCGAUAUCAAGUCCACCUGUUUUACUUCCGGUCGUCAACUUUGACCCUACGCGCUUGUAUCUCGAAGAACUCAAGGAGGCGUUUUCCGAAGUCGCGGUGUUCUUUCACGAUGUUUAUGGAGGGGACAUUAUUGGAGUUUUGUGGAAACCCUACAGCUUUGUACCAGCUCAGUUUAAGGUUCUACACGUGCAGUACAAGAUGCCAUUAACCAUUCCUCAAAAGAGUGCAAAGUCCAAGCAAGUCCCAAGCUGGGUCAUACCGAGUAUAUCAGCCAUCUUGUCUGACUUUCAAACAAUCGGAGACGGAUUGGUGAAGAAAAUCGAGGUGAUGAAUGCUUGAAGAAAGAAAAAACAAUCCAACAAAUCCUC